AUGGAGGUUCACCCAGUGCUUCUCUGUGCAGCAGUGGUGGGAGUUACUGUUGUCAUUGUAGGCUUCACGGCACCAUCUUCUAUCUUCCGUCUGGCUGCUGUCCCUAUUAUUAUUAUCUGCUCGCUACAAUGCAUUUCCACGAGCAUCUACUACAUGGUGCGAGUUCCAUGGGCUACCUCAGUCGCCGGAUACACCAUCACCUUCCUUCUACACUAUUUUGAUAUCGCCCUGCUCAGGGGCUGGUCAUUCGAAACGAAUGGACCGACCAUCGAUCCAGCAACAGGCCAAAAUAUACCCAAGGCUGUCAAUAACAAGAGGAGAAAGAAAGGAAGCAUAUUGGAAAGGCUGAAGUUUGGUCUUUCAGCUACAUUUUCGUUCCGACAUAUUGGGACACCCUAUCAGGUCAAGAAUGUGCCUGCGUUCAGUGAUAAUAAUACCACCUAUAUUCCAACUAGAUCUCGAUUCUUGUUACGGUCAGGCUUCACAUUUGUGGCAAUCUAUAUAGUUCUUGAUCUGCUCACAUUUCAAGUCGACACUCAGCUCAACCGUUUGUUCUUCACCCAUCAGAACAUCGGUUUCUUCCGUCGAACAUAUGAGAUCACCACUGAGGAGGUCAUGAUGCGAACAUUCGCUACCAUUGCCUCAGCGUUAAUGAUGACCUGCGUUCAAAAGGGAUGCUACUACCUUCUUGCAUUUUUGAGCGUGCUUUUUAGUAUUAGCGAGCCACGGGAAUGGCCCCCAUUAUACGGAUCCUUCUCGCAGGCUUUCUCAAUGCGAAGAGUCUGGGCGGUAUUUUGGCAUCAGACCAAUGCCUCCAAAUUCGCAUCAAUAUCAGAUUUCACCCUUCACCGGCUCCUGGGCCUCUCCCGUGGAACCCAACUAGCCAGAUAUGCGAGGCUGAUCACAAUCUUCACCAUCUCAGCUUUCAUGCAUUUCCUAAUUGAUGUGGCGGCCGGUGUUCCUGUGCACCAUUCGGGAUCCUUGCAAUUCUUCCUCACGCAAGCGCUUGGAAUUGUGAUCGAGGACCUCGUUACCCACACAUACCGCAGAUCCUUUAUUGGUGAUAGAUCUCGGCCAUAUUAUCUCGUUGAGAAAAUUGUUGGCUUUAUCUGGGUGGGCGUGUUCAUGGUAUGGUCCUCGCCGAUGUACGUCUAUCCAAUGAUGUAUCGUAUCAACACGGGCCAGGAGGACUCCGUUAUUCCGUUUAGUAUCAUGAAGCUGCUUGCCCAAGCUGAUUGGCACCGGGGAUAG